AUGUCUUCGAGAACUGGCCAACGUGGGACGUCGGUGGCAACGAGUCAGAGAAAACAUAGGUCGAGAUCUACCCCUCGCUAUGAUUUGGAGAAGAAACCAAAGAAAAAAGACCUAAAAACAGCGGGCGCUACAAGCCUGGUGUCUAUUCCCAACAGUAUUAAGCUGACGAUGUUAAACAGUGGGCUUAUAUCUUUUGCUGAUGAAAACGGGUCGAUAUCAGAAACAAUACCAGAUCGACCCGUAGAACUGAAGAACUUUCCAAAGCUGUGCGAACAAAGAAGAAAAUUCCCUGUGCUGUAUAAACUGGAAUUUCAGACAGCAAUCAAAGUAGAAACACACGCAUGUCGCCACGCGCAAAAGAAGACAAAUCUACACAAAAAUCAAAAUCAAAAAGUUACUCCGUACGACUACAACAGAGUGGUGCUACAGACGGUCGACCGGGAGCCGGACUCGGAUUACAUAAAUGCUUCCUAUAUAGAUAGUAUAUUAAAGCCUAACGCCUACAUAGUGACGCAAGGGCCCACAGAAGAAACUGUCGUCUCUUUCUGGCGAAUGAUAUGGCAAGAGCGCGCCGCAGCCAUUGUCAUGCUUACAAAAACUUUUGACUUCAUCAAGGUUAUGUGCGUGCAGUACUGGCCACCUAAUAAAGAAAAGGAUGAAACCUACGGUGACAUAAGUGUCGGCAUUGUCCAAGAAGAAGAACUGGCUAAUUUUCAUAUACGCACCUUCCGAUUAUACAAAAUGGAGAAGAAUGUGGUGGUAGAAGAAAGAUACAUCUUGCAAUUCCACUAUACGCAGUGGCACUCUCAUACUUGCCCAUUUAGCAACGCAUUGUUGGAGUUUCGGAGGCGAGUGCGGGCGGUGGUCGGGAGGAGACUCGCAUCGAACUCCGUUACUGGACCUAUGGUGGUACAUUGCAACGAUGGCGGCGGACGAUCGGGGGUAUAUUUAGCUAUUGACGCAAACUUAGAACUAGCCGAAGAAGAAGACUGCUUUGAUGUAUUCGGAUAUUUAAAGAAAUUGAGACAGUCAAGAAAAGGUCUUAUUGAAAACGAGGAGCAAUAUAAAUUCGUGUAUGACACAUUAGAAGAGCACAUAGUAUGUGGAGUGUCUUGGUUUCCUGUGUCAGAACUAUCUCAAAGGCUGAAACAGAAAUCCCAAAGGGAUCCCGUGACUAAACUCAAUGAAUACCAAAAAGAAUAUCAGCAAAUAUGCAAACAAACUCCAAGAUUUACUAUUGGUGACUGUGCCGGGGGACAUCGAGGCGAUAACAGGGAAAAGAAUAGAGACGUUCUCGUUGUGCCACCGGACAAUUUUCGCCCAUAUUUGACAUCGUUCCAAGGCAAUAGUUUCACAGAUUAUAUUAAUGCUGUAUUCGUGGAUGGUUACACAAAGCCUCGUGAGUACAUAGUGACAGAAUGGCCGUUAGUGAGAACGCAAGGAGAGUUCUGGUCAUUGGUGUAUGAUUAUGAAUGUGCUGCAGUUGUCGUGCUAUGUGUACCACCUAAGAACUCCCAACAAUUCCCUCCCUUUUGGCCUGAAGGGAGACACUCGAAGAAAUAUGGACCAGUUUUCACAAUAGACCACGUCUCGCAUAAUCAUUACACGAACAUCAAAACUUGGAUAUUUAGGAUUAAUAAGAAAAUUGUAUCACUGACGGAAUUGAUGGCAGGCGUGAAAGCUCCUCCAAAGACUGUUCAACUAUUCCAAUUGACGUGUUGGCCUAUGGGUCACAAAGUCCCAUCAUCGACCAACUCCUUGGUAGAAUUGAUGAACAUGGUCGAACGUUGGCGGCAACGCACUGAUUACGGACCAGUCUGUGUUGUUUCUCCAGACGGCCGCAGUCGUGCAGGAGUUUAUUGCGCCGCCAACGCCUGCAUUGAACAAGUGAUUCAACACGGUGAAGUCGAUGUAUUUCAGGCUGUGAAAACUGUUCGACGUCACCGUCCACAACUCGUUGAAAAUAUGACUGAGUAUAAAUACUGCUACGAUUUAGUUCUUCAUUACGUACUGCAUUACUUAAAUAAGGAUAUGAAUGAAAAGAAG